GAUGUGAUGCAUUUUGAUGUCCAAGGAUUGCAAGGCGGUGUUUUGAAACAGGUUUCCGUGAGUCAGGGCAUUAUCAUAAUUAGAAACGUCACCGAACCUCUCGCAGAAAUGAGUCAACGAUGCCCCCACCGUUUCGAGGAGUUGGUUAAGGGAUGUAAGUGCCAUAGAGCGCUGUCCUGACCAGAUUGACAGAUCCGCAAGUGAGUUGCAGAGGCCGGAGUAUGUCAUCCAGUCAAGGAACAUCGCCAUGCAUUUAUCCUCCACGGUGACGUCAAGGUAUCGAAGACGCAUGUGAGAUGGUGCCCGAAAUAGUGAGGUUUCCGCGUAACUGGCAGCACCUUCCCGAGCGAAAUCAACAUUCAUCGUGAAAUCUGUGAGCUGGGGGAAGGCAGACACAAUUCGCCGCAGGUGUGUCACAUUGUUCAGUCGGCAAUAG